AUGGGCUCCCACGACGUCUGUACAGGGAGGAGCUACAUAGGAAAGGCAACGCUGACAGCUGUCUUUGCUGACUCCAAUUCCAGCAUCAUGAAUGUGUCGUUUGCUCAUCUCCACUUUGCAGGAGGGUACCUGCCAUCUGACUCCAAGGACUGGAGGACCAUCAUUCCGGCUCUCUUGGUGGCUGUGUGCCUGGUGGGCUUCGUGGGAAACCUAUGUGUGAUUGGCAUCCUCCUUCACGGUGUUUGGAAAAGGAAGCCAUCCAUGAUCCACUCCCUAAUUCUGAAUCUCAGCCUGGCUGACCUCUCUCUCCUGCUCUUCUCUGCACCUGUCCGAGCCGCAGCAUACUCCAAAGGUGUUUGGGAUCUAGGCUGGUUCGUCUGCAAGUCCUCUGACUGGUUCAUCCACAUGUGCAUGGCAGCCAAGAGUCUGACAACUGUUGUAGUUGCCAAAGUGUGCUUCCUGUAUGCAAGUGACCCAGCCAAGCAAGUGAGUAUCCACAACUGCACCAUCUGGUCAGUGCUGGUGGCCAUCUGGGUUAUAGCCAGCCUACUUCCCCUGCCAGAAUGGUUCUUUAGCACCACCAGACAUCACGGAGGCGUGGAAAUGUGCCUCCUGGAUGUGCCAGCUGUGGCCGAAGAAUUCAUGUCAGUGUUCGGUAAGCUCUACCCUCUCCUGGUGUUUUGCCUUCCUUUACUUCUAGCCAGCUUUUAUUUCUGGCGAGCUUAUGGCCAAUGUAAAAAACGAGGUACGAAAACACAAAACCUUAGAAACCAGAUUCGUUCAAAGCAACUCACAGUGAUGCUGCUAAGCACUGCCAUCACCUCUGCGCUUCUGUGGCUCCCCGAAUGGGUAGCCUGGCUGUGGGUAUGGCAUCUGAAGGCUGGAGGUCCGCUGCCACCCCAGGGUUUUAUAGCCCUGUCUCAAGUCCUGAUGUUUUCCAUCUCUACAGCAAACCCUCUCAUUUUUCUAGUGAUGUCUGAAGAGUUCAAGGCAGGCUUGAAAGGUGUAUGGAAAUGGAUGGUAACCAGAAAGCCUGUAAGUGCCUCAGAGGUUCAGGGGGCACCAGCUGGAAACACAGAGGCCCUUCCUGACAAGAUUCCGUCUGCAGAGUCCCAAACAUCCAUUCAAGAGACAGACAGACAUGGCUUUCCCAACUCUAGCAAAGAGAAAAAUGACAAGGCAGUGGCUCCCACCCUCCCUGACGUCGAGCAGUUUUGGCAUGAGAGGGAUACCGUCCCUUCAGCAACAGACAAUGACCCUAUACCCUGGGAACAUGAAGGCCAAGAGACAGAGGGCUGUAAUUAG